AUGGACCCUACCGCCGUAUGGCCAAAUUCCUACCCGGCUACGUCAGGUCUUGACGACACAACGGCAAUGAAUGUCAAUUUGACAUAUGUCCGAGAAAAUGAGCUGAUGCGCGAUGUGACAUGCUUCCUCAACGACGCUGGCAAUGAGUACGACCAACACCUUGGUGUGCGAGUCUCAGCGCUGUUCGUCGUCUUGGUCUUGUCCUCUGCUGUCACCUUCUUCCCCGUCAUCGCAACGAGGAGCAAAAGGCUGCGAAUCCCACUCUACGUCUACCUCUUCGCGCGAUACUUUGGUGCCGGUGUCAUCAUCGCAACUGCCUUCAUUCAUCUCCUCGACCCUGCGUAUGAAUCGAUCGGCCCUGCUUCUUGCGUCGGAAUGACCGGUGGAUGGUCAGAGUACUCCUUCGUGGCUGGUAUCGCUCUUUCAAGCGGCAUGUUUGUCUUCCUGCUGGACUUUGCGGCCGAGAGAUACGUCGAGAAGAAGUACGAUAUGGCGCAUAGCCAUGGCGAGAACUUCAUCUCCGAACGCCGUGGAUCUGUUGAUGACGCAGCGCUGGCACAGUAUCAGAACAUGAGUCGCCGCAUCUCCACCCACCAGCACCUCCACUCAGGAGACCAGGACCAGCAAACGCACACUCAUGAUCAGAGUCCAUCCAUUCCCAAAUCUUUGGGGACCGCCAAGGGUUCCGAUGUUGAAUCCGUGAGCAUCGAUGAGAAAUUGACCGAGGCCCUGGCAGAGGAAGGUUUCAGAAAGCAGAUUGCUGCAUUCCUUAUUCUGGAGUUCGGCGUGCUCUUUCACAGCGUCAUCAUUGGGCUCACAUUGAGCACUUCGGCCUGGGAGGAGUUCAAGAUUCUCUAUCCAGUCAUUGUCUUCCACCAAUCUUUUGAAGGUCUGGGAAUCGGCGCUCGUCUGUCCGCAAUCCCAUUUCCAAAGCGUUUGAGCUGGAUGCCCUGGGCACUUUGUGCAGGRUACGGCCUGACAACACCACUCGCAAUCGCCAUCGGCCUUGGCGUGCGCAACACUUACAACGCCGGCUCCUUUACGGCCAGCGUCGUAUCGGGAGUCCUAGAUGCCACCAGCGCUGGUAUCCUCAUGUACUCUGGCUUUGUAGAGUUCUUGGCAAGAGACUUCUUGUUCAACCCAGAUCGUACAAAGGACGACAGACAGCUAGCUUUCAUGGUUUUCAGCGUGGUUCUCGGUGCCGCUUUGAUGGCCUUGUUAGGGAAGUGGGCCUAA